AUGGCUAAACCACCUGCACUAGGAGUCAACAGGCCUGCUUUGGGGGAGAGCCGUGGCAACACGCGAGGAUUCUUGUCAGCCGAGCACUUGCAAGCUGUUGCGAGAAGCAACGUCGGAGAGAACAGUGCCAGAUCGCCUCCCGCUCGAGCUCUUGCGAUGCCAACGGACGGCGCCGCAUACGCACUCUCAGGAAGUCUUUCGCCCACUGCGCGUCCACCACCACCGCCACGACAGACUCCCAAGACAGGUGGCGUGCAACCUAAGCCACUGGCCGCAAAUCUGACCAAAGGCCCUGAGCAGAAGUCCAAGCCGAAACACACCUCGAUCGCGUCUCGCCCUCUGAGUGUGUCUCAGACAAGUGCGACGCAGGUCACGCCUAGACCCGAUCCCAAAGUCAAGCCUCUCUCCACUCCGCAUUCACUCACGGCUUCUCCCCGCCAGGGUGUAGGAGUGUCUCCGACACGUGCACCAAGCUCAUCGGCGCUGACAUCGUGUGAACAAAUUGCCAGUCAGGCGCAAGCUGGACAUAUCGCAAACACCUCAUCGAUGAGCCCUCCCUCAGCACCCGCGUCGACCACUCUUCAUCAUCAGAGCCCGGGACAAUCGCAACUCGAUCACCAUAGCGAAACUUCACAGCCCAACUUGGCGACGUCUGCACUCAGCGAUGCUUCCAUGCAGCCAAAUGCGACAGCUUUGACGUCCCACCAGACCACUGCCAACCAGCAAGCCGAAAUCAAACACGAACCUGCCCGCGGGCUCCAAUGGCAACAACAGCAGUCAGAAGCGCUUGGACAGAGCCCACAGGGUGCAGCUUCAGCUGUCUAUUCCAGCGCAGCAUCUAUCGGAGUGCUUGCACCUGUCGGCGGUCUAGAGACGCCUUGCUCUGAUCUGUCACCUCAACACGCGGUGCUGAGAUCUGCCGCCGCUAAUCCUGCUCAAGGAACGCGUGAGCAAGAUACAGCCGCACCCCUUUCCCCGCGGCCUCAUGUUGGCUCAUUCUACACUUCGCCAGACCGCACCCCAGAUGUGUCAGGUGUCACGAUCUCGUGCAAGCGCGAAGAGCACCACCAAGAACAGCAAGAGCAGGACGCAGGCUCACAACAAGGCCCAGACUCUUACGUGGCCGAGCAGUGGUCGGAGCACGACCGUGUGGUGCUGGUAAAUCAUUUGAAGGCGCAUCCCACAGAUCAGGCUCUAUUCAUACGCCAGUGUGCGGUUGCUGAGGGUCAUCCGUGGUGCAUGAGUAUUGCACAUCCGGCAUAUCAAGCGUAUCGAUCCUUGGUAAUCUGGAGAGCUAUAGCGCCGCAUUGGGAAAGUGCUCGCGCACCGAAGAGGGAAACCUUUUUCACGACUGUCCUCACACAGGUGGGGUACCUUGAGAGGUUGGUAGAUGAUGUGCUGCAAAAUCUACAGGUUUCAUCGCGCAAGCUCAGUCUCAGCCAGAUUCAGCAGGCGGCCUCGUCGGCUCCCACUCAACACAUGCGGAUACUUCUAGAGACAGAUGCUCAUAUUCUAGAGGGAAAGGAAUCGCAAUUUUCUUGGCUAGCCGAUUUCCGCACUAUGCAACUGGCUGGACCUCCGCAAGCCGACGUCAGCUCCCCAAACACAUCAUCAGCGGACCAUCCUGGCCUAGCAAACCUGACGAUGCCCCGGGCCGGCGCGCACAGUCAGCGCUCUCAAUCAGCACCUCUCACCCCGCAGCCCGUCAAGCAUGAAGACAGCCAUCUCCCCCAAGGACAUUACUCUGCUCGUGCGCAAUGUUCAGGCCUACCCCCAUCCGAUGCAGAGAGGCUUCAAUCAAUCGAGGGUUCAUCGAGCAGUGUCGCGAGAGACAACAUAGUUACAACGAACCCUGCUACGAAUUGGAUGGUGAGUUCGGUGCCCCACGAAUCAAACACACACAUACUGACCUGAGCUUCAGUCUCUUUCGCAGUAUCCCACAAGUAAUGCCACAAGUAAUGCGGCGGCCGCGAGCUGCCUACCACCGCCGACGACUGCCAUUCCGCAGACUCAUCACCAUCCUGCUCCUGUCCUUCACCACGCUGUAAGUGACGUGCGUCGACCAGGCCUCGAUGCGCACACUCAUGCUUUCUAGCCCUUUGUGGUUCCAGGAUGAGCUUGAGCAGGCGCGCGAGUCUCUCAGGAAGGAGAUGACCAUGGCAUUUCAAGCACAGACUGACGCAAUGAAACGUAAGCUGCGAGAAGAGAUUUCUGCUGAGCUCCAAGAAGAGCACGCCAAGAAGUAUCAGCGCAUCGAGCAUCAACCACAACCACGCGAGCAGGCAAGCCCAGACGACGAGGCUCCACCCGAGCAAAACACCUCUCAUCAGCAGGACGAGCUGCAAGGAGUGCCGAAUCGAUAUCAGUCGCAGUCGGCCGAGUCUGAGCAGCUCAGACGCGCAGACGACAUUGCUAGGGGAGAGGCGAUCAAAAAGAGGGACGACGCUCAGGCAUUGAAGCUUUCCACCUUGGAGCAGAGCUUGCAAGAGAAGGACAAGACGAUAGAGUUCCUGCAAGAAGAGCACAGUCGCUCCAGAGAGUAUUUCACAAAGAAAGUUGUCGGCUUGGAGCUGCACAAGGACAAGGUCGAGCGAGAGCUUAAAGAGCUCAAGGGUCGUCUGGCACGAGGAGCAUCGACAAAAUCGUUCGACUGUUCCAAUUUCGACCGCAAGGGGUCGCCUGACGCGCGUCCGAGCUUGGGCUUAUAG